UGAGUCGGUUCCUGCUAUUCCGGCGCCUCCACUCCGUCCCCAACGGGUCUCUUUUGUGUGCAAUGGACGGCAUCGUUCCAGACAUAGCAGUUGGUACAAAGCGGGGAUCUGAAGAGCUCUUCUCUGCCUGCGUCACCAACGGGCCCUUUAUCAUGAGCAGCAACUCCGCGUCUGCAGCCAACGGGAACGACACCAAGAAGUUCAAAGGUGACAGCCGGAGCUCGGGUGCCCCUUCUCGCGUGGUGCAUGUCCGCAAGCUGCCAGGCGAUGUCACCGAGGGGGAGGUCAUCUCCCUGGGGCUGCCCUUCGGGAAGGUGACCAACCUGCUGAUGCUGAAGGGGAAGAACCAGGCCUUCAUCGAGAUGAACACGGAGGAGGCGGCCAACACCAUGGUGAAUUACUACUACGCCUCGGUGGCUGCCAUGCUGCGUGGGCAGCCCAUCUACAUCCAGUUCUCCAACCACAAGGAGCUCAAGACGGACGGCUCGCCCAACCAGGCGCGCGCCCAGGCCGCCCUGCAGGCAGUCAACUCGGUGCAGUCCGGGAGCCUGGCACUGGCCGCCUCGGCUGCCGCCGUGGACGCUGGCAUGGCUGUGGCGGGCCAGAGCCCUGUGCUGCGGGUCAUUGUGGAGAACUUAUUCUACCCGGUGACGCUGGAUGUGCUGCACCAGAUCUUCUCCAAGUUUGGCACGGUGCUCAAAAUCAUCACUUUCACCAAGAACAACCAGUUCCAGGCACUUCUGCAGUAUGCCGAACCUGUCAGCGCCCAGCACGCCAAGCUGUCCCUGGACGGCCAGAACAUCUACAACGCCUGCUGCACGCUGCGCAUUGACUUCUCAAAGCUCACCAGCCUCAACGUCAAGUACAACAACGACAAGAGCCGAGACUACACUCGGCCUGACCUGCCUUCAGGGGAUAGCCAGCCAUCUCUGGACCAGACCAUGGCUGCAGCCUUUGGUGCACCUGGUAUAAUCUCAGCCUCACCAUACGCAGGAGCCGGGUUCCCUCCCACCUUUGCCAUCCCACAGGCCGCAGACCUCUCGGUUCCUAAUGUCCAUGGCGCUCUGGCCCCCCUGGCCAUUCCUUCAGCUGCUGCUGCAGCAGCAGCAGCAGGCCGCAUCGCCAUCCCAGGCCUGGCAGGAGCCGGCAAUUCUGUCCUGCUCGUUAGCAACUUGAACCCAGAGAGAGUCACGCCCCAAAGCCUCUUUAUUCUCUUCGGCGUGUACGGGGACGUGCAGCGCGUGAAGGUCCUGUUCAAUAAGAAGGAGAACGCCCUGGUGCAGAUGGCCGAUGGCAGCCAGGCCCAGCUGGCCAUGAGCCACCUGAACGGACACAAGCUGCACGGGAAGCCCGUGCGCAUCUCGCUGUCCAAGCACCAGAACGUGCAGCUGCCCCGAGAGGGCCAGGAGGACCAGGGCCUGACCAAGGACUACGGCAACUCGCCACUGCACCGCUUCAAGAAACCCGGCUCCAAGAACUUCCAGAACAUCUUCCCGCCCUCCGCCACCCUGCACCUCUCCAACAUCCCGUUGUCCAUAUCCGAGGACGAUCUCAAGAUCCUCUUCUCCAGCAAUGGUGGCCUGGUCAAGGGCUUCAAGUUCUUCCAGAAGGACCGCAAGAUGGCGCUGAUCCAGAUGGGCUCCGUGGAGGAGGCCAUCCAGGCGCUGAUUGAGCUGCACAACCACGACCUGGGCGAGAACCACCACCUGCGGGUCUCCUUCUCCAAGUCCACCAUCUAGGGCCUCCACCGCGCGACCACUUACAUCAUUCCAGAGAAUUGCCACUUUAACUAAGCAGCUGAAGUGACCUUACCACCAGAGAUUUUAUUUUUUUAAAGAGAAAAUCAGUUUACCUGUUUUUAAAAAAAUUAAAUCUAGCCCACUGUCUAACCUUGUGGUGGGGGGCGUCCCACAGCUCGACCCCGCCCUUCAGGUCUCACAGCGAUGCCUCUGGAGCCCGGCCACCCCCCGUCCCACCCCUCCCCACACGGGGCCGGGCUCCCCCACGCUGGUUCCUCGUGCCUUAACCCACGGCCACCCGGCUGGCUGGGGUGGGCCUCGGGCUCCACCUCCAUCAUGUACUGACUGACGCCUCGGGGGCCGGCAGCACCCCGCCUGCCCCAUCAAUCAAGUCACGUGAUUGGCCCCCACCUCCACUCCCGUCAGCAGGGCGCCCCCUCCCAACCUCCCCAAACCAGGCGGUGUGGGGGGGGCUCUUUUUUGUAUCAUAUUCGCAGACAGCUGUGCCUAGCAAUACUUCAGGUGACCAAAUAUUCUAAUCUCUUCAUUUAUAUGCAAAAGACCUAGUUUUACGUAACUUUUUAUAGCAAGAUAAAGAUGACAUCCAUGUAUGUAAGCUUCCUCCUCGUAUUACCUUGUACUCUCUACUUUUAGUAUUCUUUGUAACGGAGGGCUGCCUCGCUGGAGCCCACGCCGGUGUCCAGGAAGUGGCCUGGGCAGGGUCGUGUGUGCCCCCAGCCAGCUGCCCGCCCGCAGCCUUACCACACCUCCCCGCAGCUGCCCAGACACACUCUACACACUUCUUCAGGGCUCUCUGUUGUUUCUCUGCAAAUUGUGGACCAAAGUUAUUUCUUUUCUGUCUGUGCCUCCAGUACUGGUAUCCAGAGGUGGGCGGGGUCCUGUCUUAACUGGCUGCAGGCCGCAUGGACCCCUGGAUCCCCGUGUGUCCUCUGGGCAGGUUCCACCAGCCACAGGGAUCCCCUUUCUGUGGGAGUGAGGAGUGUAAUGAGGUGUAAAUAUUUAUGACUUUUUAUACCUGUGGGGCGGAGGGGUGUGCAGCACACAGCGAGGUUUUUUUACCGUGACAGAUGUAUAUUUUGAUAGCAGCGAUUACAGGCGCAGUAUUGUAACGCGGGCAACCACACCCGCUGCAUUCCGGGCCGCCAGCGGCCAUGAUGCGCAAAAAACUAAUUAAACGAUUUUAUAACGAAACUUUUGUACCUUCUCCGCCGAACUUUCUUGCUGUUAUGUUGUAGAAGGCAGCUGGCCGUCUGUAUUCAGACUUUGAAUAAAUGUCUCCUGACUUCUG